AUGGCUAGCCCACAGUACAUAUUGCCUAAGCUCCCAUAUGCGUACGACGCCCUCGAGCCUCACAUCUCAGCUCAGAUCAUGGAGCUGCACCACAGCAAACACCAUCAAGCAUACGUUACAAAUCUGAACAAGGCCAUCGAGACUUACAAUGCAAACCCGCUCCAGAAUCGCAUCGCCGUCCUCGCGGCCCUAAACUUCAACGGCGGCGGCCACAUCAACCAUUCCCUAUUCUGGGAGAACCUUUCCCCAGCCUCGAGCGGUGAUGCCUCGCCCGAUGCGGCGCCAAAGCUCGUCGCCGAGAUCACCCGCGUCUGGGGCGGGCUCGACCAGUUCAAGCAGGCUUUCAACACCACGCUGCUGGGUAUCACCGGUAGCGGCUGGGGGUGGCUUGUUAAGGAUGACAUAACGGGCCUCAGCAUUAUCACGACGAAAGACCAGGACCCUGUCACCAAGGGCGUGCCCAUCUUUGGUAUUGACAUGUGGGAGCACGCGUACUACCUUCAGUAUCUCAACGGAAAGGCUGCAUAUGUCGAGAAUAUUUGGAACGUCCUCAACUGGAAGACGGCGGAAUCGAGGUUUUCUGGCUCCCGGGAUGACGCCUUCACGGCCCUCAAGGCGGUUCUCUAG